AACUAUCAUUGGAUGAUCCCACAGCGACCUCUAGUGGUCCCUUCAUGUCAUAGCAACCCUGGAAUGAACAAGGAAUGAACGUUGAGUAAACCUGAAAAAGAAAGUAGUUUUGGCUUCUUAUUUAUAAACUUAACCAUUCAGCAAUAUUUCAGCAAGCAAUAAUAAAUGGCAACGAGCAGAGGAAUGACUCAGCAGUGGAAAACAACGAUUAUAUCCAGCUCAUCCCUCCAGAACCACGACACCAGCAGGAUGCUGAGUGCGCAGCAACACAAAAUCAGGUUUUCAGACAGUGUGCAGUCUGGAGCCUUUAUUUUCCCUCUAUCAGGCACUGCCUUUCUUCUGGUUGAUCUUCAAGACCUCCCUGAGCGAUUUGAGGAAUCUGGACUCACUGAGAGGAUAAAUACGUUUGUGAAAGUGCACAGGAACGGCUUCUUGCUCCUAUACACCCCCUUUAAUGGGCAAAGGGAAUUGGGCAUAUUGACAGCAAUUCAACACAGAUUCUUCGGUAGCAACCUCAGGAUCUUGCCUGUGCGAAACAAUGCUGAGAUUGUCAAAGGAAUGUUAACAAUUGCCAAGGCCACCAGUAAGCCCCAUGUUGACAGUAUCCGCAACCGGAUGUCUCUGGCUCGGGCUGACAUCAUCCAAAGCAGUCCUGGCUGGGAGACGCUAAGAGGCAUGCUUUAAGGCUCAGCAGGUGAUCCAGCAUGGUUUUGCAAAAAAGGUUUAAAAACCCUCUGCUGUCUUAUAUGACACUAAAGCAAAGGUCAAAAUAUGUUUUUCAAUAUAUUCGCAGUUUGUUCUGUUCUGUUUUCUAGAAGAACUGCCAUAAGAAAUAACACAACCAGUUAAUUAAAUAAAGAGAAACUGAGAAUGAUAA